GCUAGAGCAUCCGGUGAGGGUGGAGGGAGCCACGAGUUCUUUGCUAGAGGAAGACCAAAGACUAGGUUGUAGGAAAAGCAAAUAGAAGCCAUGUUUCGGAGACCUGUAUUACAGGUGUUUCAUCAGUUUGUAAGACACAAGUCUGAAAUAGCCAGCAGCUUGGUUCUUGAAACAUCUCUGAACCGUGUGCAGCUCCUUGGGCGAGUGGGUCAGGACCCCAUCAUGAGACAGGUGGAAGGGAAGAACCCGGUCACAAUAUUUUCUCUAGCAACGAAUGAGAUGUGGCGGUCAGGGGAGAGUGAAGUAUAGCAAAUGGGUGAUGUCAGUCAAAAGACGACAUGGCACAGAAUAUCAGUAUUCCGACCAGGCCUCAGAGAUGUGGCGUAUCAGUAUGUGAAAAAGGGGUCCCGUAUCUGUGUGGAAGGGAAAGUCGACUAUGGUGAAUACACAGAUAAAAACAAUGUGAGGCGACAGGCAACAACAAUCAUAGCUGAUAAUAUUAUAUUUCUGAGUGACCAGACCAAAGAAAAGGCAUAGAGUGGACGAUUCUUCUUUGGCCAUUGUUUGGUACAGUCUCAUUUCCAAAUCACGUAUAGUCUUUAUAGUUCCUAAGGACAAGAAUUAAAAUAUUCUUUUAUAUAAAAAAAUAAAAUAAAAUAAA